GUUAUCAUGUCUGGGAGAGGCAAGGGAGGUAAAGGCUUGGGCAAGGGUGGCGCCAAGCGUCAUCGCAAAGUCUUGCGAGAUAAUAUUCAGGGUAUCACCAAGCCCGCCAUCCGCCGUCUUGCUCGGCGAGGGGGAGUGAAGCGCAUCUCGGGGCUCAUUUACGAGGAGACCCGGGGCGUGCUGAAGGUGUUCCUGGAGAACGUGAUCCGGGACGCGGUCACCUACACGGAGCACGCCAAGCGCAAGACCGUCACUGCCAUGGACGUGGUGUACGCCCUGAAGCGACAGGGACGCACCCUGUAUGGCUUCGGAGGUUAG